AUGAAGGUUACAUUCAAGGACCUCAAGCAACAGAAAUUCACCAUCGAAGUCGAGCCCACUGACCUGAUCUCAGCCGUCAAGCAGAAGGUUUCCGAGGAGAAGGGUUGGGACCCCAAGCACCAGAAGCUCAUCUACUCCGGCAAAAUCUUGAAGGAUGAGGACACUGUUGAGUCUUACAAGAUCGAGGAGAAAGGCUUCGUCGUCUGCGUCGUAAACAAGCCCAAGCCUGCCCCGGCCGCCGCCUCAUCCUCGGCUGCCCCCUCAACUCCUGCUCCAGCUCCCGUCUCGACUCCCGCACCGCCAGCCGCUCCGGCCCAGGCGAGCUCUGCCCCCUCUGCUGCUCCUGCGACUCCCACCCCUGCCAGGACUACUGAGGCUGGCUCCGGUGCGACCUUCAACGACCCUAACGCCUUGACCAUCGGCGACGCGCGCAAUGAGGCGAUUGCGAACAUGGAGGCGAUGGGUUUCGAGCGAAGUCAGAUCGACGCUGCGAUGCGCGCUGCAUUCUUCAAUCCCGACCGUGCUGUCGAGUACCUCCUGACAGGUAUCCCCGAGGAUCUUCAACAGCAACAACAGCCCCAGGCCCGACAGGCGCCCGCGGCAGCCCCCGAGGGUGGUGCUGCUCCCGUGCCUGCUGCUGGCGGAGAUGACGAUGCUGGCAUCAACCUCUUCGACCUUGCGGCCCAGCAAGGUGGUGGUGGACGCGGCUCCGGUCGUGGUUCUUCUCAAGCUGCAGCGGCGGCGGCAGCUGCCGCCGCCGCCGCCGCAGGUGGGCAGGCUGGUCUGGGCAACCUAGAUUUCCUGAGACACAACGCCCAGUUCCAGCAAUUGCGCCAGGUCGUUCAGCAGCAGCCCCAGAUGCUUGAGCCAAUCCUCCAGCAGCUCGGUGCCGGCAACCCACAGCUGGCCCAACUCAUUGCGCAGAAUCCGGACCAAUUCCUCAGCCUCCUUAGCGAGGAUGCUGAUGACGACGUGCCUCUGCCGCCUGGUGCUCAGGCCAUCUCAGUCACUGAGGAGGAGCGCGAUGCCAUUGAGCGGUUAUGCCGCCUGGGCUUUGACCGGGAUCAGGCCAUUCAAGCCUACUUCGCAUGUGACAAGAACGAGGAGCUUGCUGCCAACUUUCUCUUCGACCAGCCGGACGAUGAUGAGCCCGGCAACCCGCAGUAA